CCGCCAAGAGUUCAACUGCCCGGGGGGCCGGGAGAGGGGCUCCGAGUUUGGAGAUGGCACGGAAGGGAAGACUGGGCGAGCGGCCUGGCUCGUAGACUUAGAAACUUAAAGGAGUGAGGUCGUCUGCGGCCGAAAGCCUGGUGUUGAGAAGUUGCUGGGUGUGUUUUGCCACCGAUGAAGAUGAUAGAACAGCUGAAUGGGUGAGACCGUGCAGAUGCAGAGGAUCUACUAAGUGGGUUCACCAGGCUUGUCUACAGCGCUGGGUGGAUGAGAAGCAGAGAGGAAACAGUACAGCCAGAGUGGCAUGUCCUCAGUGCAAUGCUGAAUACCUAAUAGUUUUUCCGAAGUUGGGUCCAGUCGUUUAUGUCUUGGAUCUUGCAGAUAGACUGAUCUCAAAAGCUUGCCCUUUUGCUGCAGCAGGAAUAAUGGUUGGAUCUAUCUAUUGGACAGCUGUGACUUAUGGAGCAGUGACAGUGAUGCAGGUUGUAGGCCAUAAGGAAGGGCUGGAUGUUAUGGAGCGAGCUGACCCUUUGUUCCUUUUGAUUGGACUCCCUACUAUUCCUGUCAUGCUAAUACUGGGCAAAAUGAUUCGCUGGGAGGACUAUGUGCUCAGACUAUGGCGCAAAUACUCAAAUAAACUGCAAAUCUUGAACAGUAUAUUUCCAGGGAUUGGUUGUCCUGUUCCUCGAAUUCCAGCUGAAGCUAAUCCUUUAGCUGAUCAUGUUUCUGCUACCCGAAUUUUGUGUGGAGCCCUUGUCUUUCCUACUAUUGCGACAAUAGUUGGUAAACUGAUGUUCAGUAGUGUUAACUCAAAUUUACAAAGGACAAUCUUGGGUGGAAUUGCUUUUGUUGCCAUAAAAGGAGCAUUUAAAGUUUACUUCAAACAGCAGCAAUAUUUACGUCAGGCACACCGCAAAAUCCUAAAUUAUCCAGAGCAAGAAGAAGCAUAAAACUGACUUGUUGUUCUGAGGCCUCUCAUCCGAACAAGUCUGCUGUGCCGUUCUGACUCCUCACUAAUGCACUAGUGGAGACUUGUGACAGCUACUGCUCCUAUAUUUUUAAGAAAUAUAAUAAAGCACGCAAGGCAGGGGAUCCUCUCAAUAAUCACAGAACCUAAGGAUACGAUUCAACCUGAUUGUUUGUAUGUACUGCUUUGACAGCCAUCGGCUAAACCAUUAUCUUAGCAUGGUAAACCUGGGUUUGUUCAUAUUUUUCCAGACAAAAAUGUAAAGAUAAAACUGUACAAAUAUUAAAAAUGGACAUGCUGUUUUAUUCUGAUGCCUCUUUUGUAUAUACUCAUGUUCAGUGUUUUCUUAGAAACAGCAACUCAAUGAAGGUACUGUGAGGACUUUUCUCACUGGCAUAAUUUGAUUAUAUGCUAAACAGGAGCCUGUGUUAAUAUGAGGAAAUGUAAAUUAGUUCUGAAUAAAUAACAAACCAAAAAAAUGUAUGUGAGCAUUGAAAUGACCAUCUGAACAAUAGGGAUUCUGUUGCCUUUUCCUUAAUCCGUGUGACAUCUCAGAUGUGUAGGAUCAGUCUCCAGGGCUUCCAGAUCACUUUUUCACUAUUAAACCUUAUUUAUACAAUGUUGACAUCUCAUAGUUCAUAAUGUAAUUUUGAUCCAUGUAGUUGUCGUAUGUGUUUGUGUCUUUGUGUGUAUCUGGGGGGUUGUUCAGCAAAGGUGGGUGGGAGGGAAGGAGAGGAUAGGGGUAGGAGAAAUGAGGUAGAAGACCCUUUAUCACUUCAUGUUUUUAAAUUCGUAUUUCUGGAACUUGGAGCUGCCAGUCAGUAAUUUAAAUAGAGAACAACUUGCAAAAAAAAUGAUAAUAAAAUUAUUGUUUUUUCAUCAAUUCAGUUAUUCAGAUAUUUGUUAAUCGCCUCCCAUUUUCAGCCACUGCAGGAUGCUGUGGGCUAGAGUGGUGGACAGGACAAGCUUGGUCCCAGCUCUGACAGAACUCUAAUAGAACAAGAGUGAGUGGACCAAAGUGUGGUACUGAGCGUAUUGUGACUCUUAGUCGGUGACGUGAUUAUGAAAACAAGUCUUUAAUGAAUAUCAAGGUGUUUGGUUUUGGCUACAUCCAUUUAUAGAAUAACCAAUACUGAUGUUUUUAGGGUGUUUUGUUUUUGAGUCUGAGUCUUUUACAUAGUCUGGCCUCAAACUUCCUAUGUAUGUAAAGAUGACCUUUGAACUCCUGAUCCUCCCAAUAACAGGCAAGCAACCUGCUGUUUUUUAUGUGAUGCUGAGGAUUGAACCCAGGGCCUUCUGCAUGCUAGGUAAACACUACCAAUUGAGCUACGUCACCAGCCCUCUUUUUAGAUUCUAAUUGUCACAUUAAGGGGGCUUAGCUCCUUAAUAGUCUUUGCUUAGCUAGUUAUAUAUUCAUUGUUCAAAAGCAGUUAUUUAGGUCAUGUUUAAUAGUGACCAUUUUAAUGUUCAGCAAUCUGAAUGUUCUUUCAGUUAUUUUCAUUGAUUAAAAUGAAAAUUUGAAAGUUCAAAAAGUACUGUUCACAGUAUAUGAUGCAUGAUAAUAAAUGGUCCCCCUUACCGAGAAAUGGAUACUUUAGGAGUGUAAGAAAUAUAGAUUGAGCUAUGUUAGAUUGUAAAUAAAACAUAAUUUUAGUAAAGACUGGUAUCUUUCUAUAGGUUGGAGAUCUCAGUUUUGAGUUUUAUGGUGUCUGUGUGAAUGACUGUUGAACAUCUAGAGUUGUAAUUAUGUAGGGUAUAAGGGACAAUUUGACUGAAUGAACCCUAACACUGAUGUUUUGAAGAAAAAAUAUGAACUCUGAUUAUAUAUAAAAAUAACUUAGAUAUCUAGCUGUAAUUAUGAAAUAUAUUGGCUUCAAUAAUUCCCAGUGUGAAAAGAUAGAGAUUUCCUUGAUAAUUUUGUUAAACUGAGCAGCAUUUACACAGUUGUGCAAGCACUCAGUUCCCUGUGACUACUUCACUGUCCAAGUUGGCUUUGAUGGGCAUCAAGGCCCAUGAAGACCAAGGAGACAAGUCUAAGCCCUUGAGAGCAGGAGGUAGUUUGGAGAGCUGUGGGGAAGGAACCACAAGUGCCUGCGGACCAGAGGGAAUGCUAGCCUGGAUCUGAAGAGUUCCAAAUCUAAAGAGCCUUAUUCCAAGAAAACACCCCAUGCCAGUCCUCCCUGGACGGGGCCACCCAAGCACAAAGCGACAAAGAACAUGGGCAGAUUUGAAGCUGGGUAGGGCUUUAAGAUCCUAGUUCCAAGUUUUCAUAACUGUAGUGUAUAACCUUGGCAAAGUGGCUGUUUGACCACAGUUACCUUCAUCUCUAAAAUGCAAGUCACACUUAGACAAUUCUAGGAUUAGCUGAGAAAGGACAGAGGUGCUUUAGGACUCAAUAGCUCCAAAAAGGGGGUACUCUGCACUCUAGAACAGGACCGUAAUAAAAAGGGUAGUAGAGAAGAGAGACAGUAGAGACUUUGGGAAUAUGUAAGUAUACUGUUCUCCAAUUUAUUUUCAUAUUGUUUUUCUGUUAUUUCUAGAAAUGUCAAUGUUUUAAACCUCUUUUUAUAAAAUUCAAUGAUUAGUAAAAUUCUAUUGUAGAAGUUAACUCCAUCUAAGUGGCUGAAAAUAUUGUUCAUUACGUACUUAUCAAGUGAUUGAAGAAUAUAUAAUUAAAUUCAGUGACUUCAUUAGUCACUGCCUUGCUAAUUCUGCUGUAAUUUUUUUUAAUAUCUUGUUUUUAAUAUAGAAAACUCAGUACUGGCUGGAUUAAGUUGAAUAAAGAAUUUUUAUGCUC